AUGGAUGCCAGCGUCAUCCUUACCGAGCCCUUCGACCCAAUCCUGUGGAAAGCAUGGGCCGUCCGAAUGCACGUCCUGCUGGUCUUCAUGGUCCAAGCCCAGUCCGAAGCGGCCAGCGUGGGGAUCAUCCUACCCCUUCCGCUCGAUAUUCCUGUCCUCGCCCAAGUGGAAAUACAUCUUGCGACGACCCGCACUGUGGAAGCCGGUCGUCGAAUGGUCUCUCGGAUUGCUGACCACCUUCCUGCUGUCAUUCCUCGUGGUUUGACUGCACGUGUUCUAUACGAUGACCCCGCUGACCGCGAGGACUUUGGUUUGGGUCACCCACCGGAUGGCCUCCCUGACAUUGGUAAAAUCCCAGAGAAUAUCGCGAUGAUGUCUCAGAUUAAGGGAAGACCUGAUUACUCAGCCGGGUUCCCGAAAUAG